UGUCACAGUGAUUUCCGGUCUUCGAAUGUCGUCUGCUGUGAAAGUUUUCGAAGCCGAUUUUCAAAACAUACAAGUUUUCACUUUGUGAAUCGUCUCAAUUUGAAAAUGUCCUCGAAUUUCAAAGUUGACUCGCUUCUUAUAAGCCUGAAGGAUUUGCAGAGUGAAAAGAAUUGUUUAGAGCAGAAACUCAACAAAUGUCGUGAGAAAAGAAGACAAUGUGAAUGCGAGCUUGAAAGAGUUGAAGGCAAGAUGAUGCAAGUCAGUGAUGUGCAUCGCAAAAUGGUCGAAACAUUGAAAGUUGCCCAACUGAAAGUGACACAGACACAAGGACAAACAGACAGUUUGGAAGAAGCCAACCAGAAGAGGAGGGAUAGAAUAGCUGACAUCAAUAAAAACAUUGCAAAUGAGAAGAUAAAACAACAAGAAAAUGUAAACAGUUUUGAAGACAAGUUAUCUGAACUUACAGAAGAACUGAUGAAAGCACGAGCACAUUAUAAAGAUGGGAAUCUUCAUAAUGAACUUGUUUCUAGCAAAGAGAAACUUGAUGAGCUGACACAGAAUUUGAGAAAGAGAAACCAGGAAGUGGAAAGACUGACAGAUACCUUUGAACAAGUAAAGUCACAGACAGAUGACAAGGAACAUGGAAUACCAGACGAAACAUGCAAACAUAUUUGGCAAAUGAUGAAGGAUGAGAACCAGACGAUUCACAGUUACUUACACCAGCUACAAAAAGACCUCAAGGUUAUUCACGACACAACCCUUUCUCAUGACACAAACAGAAUGGCAGUAGAUUAAUAUGACAACUGAGGGCUUAUGAACACAAAAAUAUUGACUUUCUUAAUAAGCACACAUAUUCAAAUUGUUUAUACAUUUAGAAAAUGUUCUUUUACUUCAGGAUCUGCUGUCAACAUUCAUGGUAGAAUAUCUCGAAUAUUAUUAGAAUAUCUAAGGUACUACAUUGGUAAAAGCUUUGUUGCUAAAACUUUACGAGUUCUUCCUUCUUGUAUAUUCAAGUUGCCAAUAAAUGUUUCUAAAAUAAA